AUGGGCGGUUUUUUGACUGUUUGCUCCCACACCGCAUGUGCCCUGUCUCCCGUGGAAGCAAUAGUGCUACAUUGCGAGGAAUCCUUUUGUCCGCGUGGUGGUCCCUGUCAUUCCUUUUUAGUUCUUUGCUGGAGUUUUGGGGGGGAUGUGCUGGAAAUGACUGCUACAGGUGGCGUGCCCUGUGCCGUUGGAGUGUUUCCGCUUAGGAGGCACAAAGGUGCCUGCCAGGAGGCUUCUGGUAGUAAUGGGGAAGCAGACAUAGGUGGUGGGUGGAGCUUUACGGGAGGACUUUUGGCAUUGAGUCUGCCACGAUUCUGCCCAAUGAGACCGAUAAUGCUAUUUUUGAAAAGCUGA